CAGACACACAACCACCCUGGUGCAGUGCCGAACAACUAUCCUUGGCCUUCUUUCUACCUUUGACUGGAUAAAGCAUGAAGACUGGGGUUGCUGCUCUGGUUGGGGGGUUGCUUGGGGUUCCAGGGUUUUUAUGUUUCUUGGUGGCGUUUGGUACGGAUUACUGGCUCCUAGCAAGUGAUGACUGUGAGGGGUUCAAGCAGCUGAGGGCAACAACAUACACUAUAGCCCAGACCAACAGCACAGAGGAUUCAAAGGUGUCAGAUUCAAGCCUUUCCUUUCUCACUCUCCAUCAUGAGGGAUUUUUCUGGCAUUGUCUAUUCCAGAGUGACCUCACCCAACAUGUAUUACUGGCUGUUCUAUUCACUAACCAGCCAAGACUGAAAUUGUGUCAACGUGGAUACCUCUUCCCUCUACCUGUUGCAGUUGGACCUGUUCCUCAUUAUAUUUAUGAUGCUACUGCAGUUUUCCGUGGAUUCUGGACCAUGCUUAUAAUCCUGGCCAUUGUAGCUAAUGUGACCGGGGGCUUCCUGCUAGUGUGUGCAGUUCCCUUCAUCAGCCACAAACUCUACAAGGCGGGUGGUGCUUUUCUCAUCACAGCAGCAUGUAUUUUCCUGGUGCUGGUGGGUCUGUACAUACUAUGGAAGGAGCUUGUAGAUGUGAGACAAUAUAUUCUACAGGAGAGAGGAAGGACUUGCCCUGGUGCCCAUCUGGAAACACAAUAUGGCUGGUCGUUCAUUGUUGCAGUGGCUGGUAUCCCCUUGAUGCUUCUCUCUGGUCUUCUUUUCUACUGCAUAGGAAGACAUAUUGAGGGUAAUUUGUAGAUAGUGGCUGAAUCAUGUGUAUGCAAUCAAAUGCUUGGAUUUGAAAUUAGAUGUGUAGUGAAUCCUGAUAUUGCAACUUGUACAGGUACCACUUGGUACAAAAGUCAUUGACAUAAGCUUUCUAUUUAUCCAGUAGUUUAUGAGAUAUGUACAUGAGAUAAAUUACUAACACCUAA